UCGUCUUCAUCACCCCGCACGUCUCCACUUCCCUUUCCUUACUUCCCACUCCUUCCCCACCCACCCAACCCAACCCUCCCAAUCCCACACUCGUCGUCCCAGUCCCACCGAACCCUACUCACCAACAACAGACCCGCAGGAGAAGGGGGAAAGGGGGGGAAAUUCCUGUGGAGACGACUUCGCCGCCAUGGCGGGCGAUCCCCCGACGGCCGCGGAGAAGGAGACCCUGGUCUCCUCUUUCCUCGAGAUCGCCGCUGGCCAGACCCCUGAGACUGCCACUCAGUUCCUCCUGAUGACGAGCUGGCACCUGGAGGAGGCGCUGCAGCUGUUCUACAUCGACGGCGAGUCCGCCCUCACCCCGGCGCAUCCGGUGGCCCCGCCGCCCACGUCGGCGGCCGCGUCGGCGUUGGCGGCAGCGGCCGGGGCGGAAGAGGCGAUGAGGUUCGCUCCACCCCCGGCGGCUGCACUGGGCGAUGCAAUGUUGCAUGGAUUUGGGGUCGGGGAGGACGACGACGUCCGCGCGCCUCUGCCUGUGAAGAGGGAGACUCUGUACGGCGAGGGCAUCGUAUCCGUCAUGCGACCUAAUGCAUCAGCUGCAUUUCGUAACUUUGAACAAGAAGCAAGACAAUCUGCUGUUUGGGACUCUGACCAGAAUGCUACAUCUAGUUCUGGUGAUAAUCUUGCUUCUUUAUACCGUCCACCUUUUUCUUUGAUGUUCAACGGACCCUUUGACAAGGCAAAGUUAGAGGCUUCUUCCCUGGACAAAUGGCUAUUAAUCAAUUUGCAGUCGACAGCGGAAUUUAGCUCUCACAUGCUUAAUCGAGACACUUGGGGAAAUGAUGCGGUGGCUCAGUUGAUUCGGUCAAAUUUUAUUUUCUGGCAGGUUUAUUAUGACACCAGUGAGGGGAGGAAGGUAUGCACCUACUACCAUUUGGUGUCCAUGCCUGCUAUUCUCCUAAUUGACCCCGUCACUGGGCAAAAAAUGCAUGCUUGGAAUGGAAUGGUUCACCCAGAUCGUUUACUUGAGGAUUUACUACCUUACCUGGAUAAAGGUCCGAAGGAGCACCAUGCAGCUCAACCUCAAAAGCGCCCAAGGAAAGUUGAUCCGGAAGCUUCUACGGGCAAGCAAGGCAAAAUAGCUGUAGAGGAUGAAGAUGAAGAGCUAGCACGGGCAGUAGCAGCUUCUCUAGAGGAGAGUAAAGAAGUCAUUGAAGCAUCAGACGCCAGUGAUGACAUGGUUGAAGCUGAACCCGAGGAGGAAAAUGAGCCCACCCUAAACACCAAGCCUGAUUACCCUCCUCUCCCUGAAGAACCUACAGGAAGCAGGGACCUUCUCUGCAGGGUUGCGAUUCGGCUACCGAACAACCGGAGGAUCCAAAGAAACUUCCUUCACACAGAUCCUAUCAAGCUCUUGUGGUCAUUCUGCGCUCCUCAGGUCGAGGACGGGGAGAGGAGGGCUUUCCACUUCGUCCAGGCAAUUCCUGGGGCAUCCCAGAAACUGGAGUUGGGAAGCGACCUAACAUUCAAGGAAGCCGGGCUGGCCAACUCGAUGAUCAACCUCUUGUUGGACUGAGCCGCCCGCUCUCUCAACCUGCACUUUGAGAUGAGACGCCGUCGGCCGGUCGAGGGGUUUGUAUUUCAGGAUGGGCUUGAAGAUGAUGGUGCGCUUGGGUAUCUUCUUUCCUUGAGGAUUAACUCUUAUCUUUUGCUCCACUGGAGCUAGGAGUCCGAGGACAAACCAAAAAAAAAAGUCUGGUGUGCCCUGAGCUGUUUGUGUGUGGAAAUGGUCCUUUUGUCGUUCGUUCUUGUGUCCGUAUACAUCCUGUCCCCGGUAGGGCUUAACUCUAUUUAAUGCACAUAUCUAUGAAAGAUUCAGUCUGGAGCUUGCUUUGAUGCUCCCCUC